UUCCUAUCUGAUAUAAUCGUUAACCUCACUUUCAAACUGUAAACAUAAGAGGCACCAAUUUGCCAUUUAAAAUAAGUUUUUCAUAUAAAUAUUUAUACGAAAUAUGCUAAAAUCCACAGCAGAUUUUUUAAUAAGAUUCAAUUCUCUACGUGCUAUACCAUGCAGACUGCUCUCGGCCGCCACAGUAUCUAUGAGUGAUCAAAAACUGCACUCGUUUCGCACCCAAGAAACAGAUCCUUUAAAACACAACUCCAAUCAUAGCUCACAAUUUUAUACAAUUCCUGAGCAGGAUAAAAAAGUUCUUUUUCUACAUGGUGGUCUUCCUUUAUCAUAUGAAGUUCAAGCUAAAACUUUUAAUGAGUUGUGUGUUAUGGUGCGAGAACCCAUAAUAGAAAUUUUUGACAAUCUAAAGCAUAUAAAUUAUAAUAAACCUGCUGUACGAUUCGUAUUAUACGGAAAGAAAGGAACAGGGAAGUCAUUGUCUUUGGCACAUGCUCUGCAUUAUGCUUACAGAGAGAAAUUUCUGAUAGUACAUGUUCCAUGGGUUGGAAACUGGAUGCGGAGAUCUAAAGAUUCCAGCAAUUCUGAAAUAACUGAAGGUCAUAUUGAUUUAAAUAUUGAUGCAGCAGCCUGGCUAUUACAUUUUAAAACUCAAAAUGCGGUACUGCUGCAAAAUCCAAAUUUGAAAAUUUCACAAGAUAUUGUAUGGACAAAACGAGAAACCACUCCAAAGGAUAGCUCAUUGAAAGAACUCAUAGAACAUGGCUUAAAUAGGAUACGUUUUGCUUCACGUUGUGUUACUAUUUUAGCACAGGAAAUUAAAAGACUUUCAUGUGAGGGUCAUUGUAAAACCUUUGUAGCAAUUGAUGGGUUUAAUGCAUUUUUCUAUCCUAAUACAAGGGUGUAUAACGAAAAGAAGGAGAUGGUAUCACCUGAUAAAAUAACAAUUACAGAAGGCUUUUUAAAUUUGACCAAAUUUGACUGGACAAAUUCUGUUAUAGUUGUUACCGUUGAUGAAAUUGCAAUUGCUGAAGUCGAUCAAACGUCACAUUAUCCAAGAUAUCUAUUAGGCAAAAAGGGCUUUGAGCAUUUAGAUCCAUUUAUACCGAUUGAGGUAAAAAAUUUUAACGAAAAAGAGCACCACAGCAUAAUGAACUACUACAAGGAAAGAAAAUGGAUUCAACCUUAUCCUGGUCAAGAUGAAGAACUAUAUUUCUUGAGCGGUGCAAACCCUUAUAAUUUGAUGAAUUUGUGCAAGUCUUUAUAGGUAUACAAUAUUUUUUUUGUUUUGUUUUUUAAUAUAUAAAACUAUAAAGUAGCAAGUA